UUUCCUCAUCUUGUUGAAGUGUUUAAGAAGAUGUUGGCAGAGGGUUGUGGGUAAUUGAGAAAUGAGGAUAAUUCCAGUCACUACCUAGCAAUUGAUACCUGUACAUGCCCCUACCAAGAGUCCCAACGCCUUCAUAUGCCCUUUAAAAAGGGUAUGCAAUGGCUUUGCUGCCUUGCACUCGAUUCCGGACUGCUCACUUCGAAUGAAGACGAGCAAAGUCAAGUCUUCGAAGCGGAGGCAGAGAGCUUCUCCCAGAAACCACAUGCAUUAAGAAGAGCCUCGACAUGUCUGCCUCUCAUAUACCUUUCUUCCAGACCAAUGUCGGUGAGCCAGUUAUCACCAACCCAUAGGACAAUCCAGAAGCCGCAUCAUAUGGUGGAUGAUGUUAGUAUGGUUCUCCUCCCUCAAGACUGCUUUCCUAACGCCUGCUUGAUAGGUUUCAAUGGAGUCUGA